GCUUACCUGGUGGCUUUAUGUACAUUUUUCAUGCCCUUUUAUUUUGAAUGAGAAGAAGAAGGAGAAAAGGAAGGAGAGAGAAUACGAUAAGAAGAGAACUGAGAGAGAUAGACAGAGAGUGGAAGAGAGAGAGAGAGAGAGUAAUGAGUGUUAUCUGUGUCUGUGUUAAAUGAGUGACUCGCACUCACAUUGCGAGAGCCUCACUCUCACAUAGUGUUAAUAUACAAUCGACAAGAUGCCGUUUAAAGGUUUAUUCCGACUGAGUAAAAAGAAAGACAAGAACAGUGAUGUCGUCCUUUCUGGUCCAGUCCGUAAUUUACCUGAACAACCUUCAAUGGAUAAUAAUUUUGAGGAUUCAACCAAUUCACAGGCAACUGACCUAGUACCUUUACAUGGAGCUACCGGGACAACGCAAUAUGUCCGGUUAUACCUGGAACAAGCAAGAGCGGACUUCGACCGUAAAUGGAAUAACCCUUCAAGAAACACUGCCUCCUUAGACGACUAUGAUAGAAUUAAGACUUUAGGGACUGGCUCCUUUGGACGUGUGAUGCUUGUCCAGCAGAAGCAAAACAAAGAAUACUAUGCCAUGAAAAUAUUAGACAAGCAAAAAGUAGUCAAAUUGAAGCAAGUCGAACACACCCUCAAUGAAAAAAGAAUUUUACAAGCAGUUGAUUUCCCGUUUUUGGUGAAAUUAGAAGCACAUUUUAAAGAUAAUUCGUAUUUAUAUAUGGUCCUGGAAUAUGUUCCUGGUGGUGAGAUGUUCUCCCAUCUUCGUAAAAGUGGGAGAUUUAGUGAACAAGCGGCUCGUUUUUAUGCGGCCCAAAUUGUUUUAGCUUUUGAAUAUUUGCAUUCAUUAGACCUGAUUUACAGAGAUUUGAAGCCAGAAAAUUUACUUAUCGACCAAAUGGGCUAUAUAAAAGUUACUGAUUUUGGUUUUGCAAAAAAAGUCAAGGGCCGUACAUGGACCCUUUGUGGAACCCCUGAAUACCUUGCACCCGAAAUAAUUUUGAGCAAGGGUUACAAUAAAGCAGUCGAUUGGUGGGCCCUUGGUGUUCUUAUAUACGAAAUGGCUGCCGGUUACCCACCAUUUUUUGCCGACCAACCUAUUCAAAUUUAUGAGAAAAUAGUCUCUGGGAAAGUACGCUUUCCAUCACACUUCAGUUCCGAAUUGAAAGAACUGCUUCGUAAUUUACUUCAGGUAGACUUAACCAAAAGAUAUGGUAACUUGAAGAACGGUGUUAACGACAUUAAGAAUCACCGAUGGUUUGCAUCAACAGAUUGGAUUGCUGUUUAUCAGAAAAAGGUUGAAGCACCCUUUUUGCCAAAAUGCAAAGGAGCUGGAGAUACAAGUAAUUUUGAUGAUUAUGAAGAGGAAACCCUUCGCAUAUCCAGUACAGAAAAAUGUGCAAAAGAAUUUGCGGACUUUUGAAAAGACCAAAAUCAUCAAACAAAAUCACUCCAUCUACACCAUUGAACCAAACGAAUCAUCAAUAUUGAUUGUAAAAAGCAAACCAAAUCAGAACUCCAACUGACAAGCAUUCACAUUCAUGGAUGAUGAAUAUAAGUUAUUACGUGAUUAGAUACGCAAAACUAAUUGGACAAAAAAUUGUUGUAAUGUUUUAAAUUAACGGUGACAAGGAAUUGUGCAUUAAAAGUGUAGAGUGUCAAAGAAAUAAAAAGGAUAAGGAAAAGGUUCAUUUGGUACAUGGAAAACAGAAUUAAGAGGAUGUUACGAUGAUUUAUGUUAUUGUACGUUAUUAGUUCAAAAUGUACUUUGGUAGACCUGUGAAAAUUGUUGGAUAACGUUCUGUCUGGAUGAGAAAUUGAAAAAAAGAAGAAAAAGAGAGCAUUAUUGUGACCCUGUAAGCCUCUUGAAAUGGUUUAUCAAGAGAGAUUAUACAGCAUCCUAAGAUGUCUUGUGGAUUAUUAUGGAUAAAAUUUUAAAAAGAAAAAUCAAAUAAAUGUAAAUUAUAUGGAUCACAGACCAUUUAACAAGUUACGCGUUCAGUUUUUUGAUCAUCAUAAAACAAAAAAAAAUCAUAAUCGUCAUCAUCAUCAUCUUCACCACAAUCAUCAACCUCAUCGUCAUCAAAAAACCUUCACCUACAAGCCCUUUCUCUUUACCUGGGUAAAUCAAUUUAAAGGGGAAACACAGAAACCUCAAAUUGCUGGCUAUUUCCUAGAUUAACCUAGUUAAUUAUCGUUGUCAACAAACCUUUAUCGGUUUCUUUCUCCUACGAUGUACUCAUAGAAGAUAAACACGAACAUUGACACACACAUAACACACACACAACACACACACAUGAAACACAGACUACAUUGUUUGAUUUGUAAAGUGGUCAACUACCAAAUGAUUUGUUUUAGCGGUAACCCUGAUUCGUGACUACAAACAAUCAAAUUUAAGGGAGCCAAAGAUUUGUUUUAUCAACUAAAAUAUUCAAGUUGAUUUCUUGCAGCUAUUGAUAAACAAUCACUUUAUUGAUUGAACACUAAGUUGAUUGUAUUAGGAAAACCCAACUAGUUUUGAUGAUAGUCAAAUCAUUACAACUGUGUGUGUGUGUUCAUGUUUGUCUUGCGUUUUUGUGUUGAUCUAUUUUGGACAUCAGUUUGGUCGAUCAUUAUCAUUGGUUAACCAUAAUCAAAUAAUUUAAUUUGAUCAAUUAAUUGUUAGACAAAACUGUCCAUGUAAAUUAUAUUUAAUCAACAAUAUAAAUUAACCCCCUAAUAUAAAAAAGCCAAGGAUUUUGAUAGACCUGUUUAAUUGCAAUCAAACAACAACCAAAAAAACCUUAAACGUUAUAAAAAGAAACAAAAAUGUUGUUUAUUCACAUUAAAUCAAACCAAUCUUUAGUUACCGUU